AUGAGAGACGUUGCUGGAGCUGAAGAAUCUCAAUCAAGAACCAAGAGAUACGCCUGCAUUGCGGCAGUUGUGGUUGCGUUGUUCUUUGUAUUGUCCUUGAGCGGAGGAAGCCAAGAUGCUGGAGCCGAGGUUGUUGGCGGACAAGCCAAGCACCACAUCGUGAAUCACCCUAAGAGUGGUGGAGGGGCUGCUAUCGACCCUGGACUCGAUGAAGACGCGGAAUUUUCCGACGCCCAAAGUAAAUUUGAGCGAACUGUCAAGGAGCAAGUAAGCAUGAAUGAAAACAUGCUGUCAGAGGAAAUGGGAAAGGAACUUGAGAUCAUUGAAGGCCGUCUUUCAGAUUUGCUAUCCGAAUCUGGGGUCGACUUUUCCGAAGACGAAAUUACCACAUUGAAAGAGGGAAUUAGAUCGCAGUUGGAGGAUGAUGUCCACAAAUUCAUUAAUGACCAGGCUGAUGAAACUUUGGAGAAGGAAAAGACAGAGUUCCAGAAUGAUUUGGACCGGGAUGCAGAUGAUACGAAGGCUGAGGGAGAAAAGGAGGCCGAAACACAAAAGUCGGAGAUUCUUGUUGUUCUCAGGGACAAGGUUGACGAAAUCUGCAUCUCUGCCAAAUCACAAAUGAAGUCUUUUGCUGCCGUUGCGGAAAAGACGAUCCUAGAGCAAAAGUUUGAAGAAAAGACUUCCAAGUCCUAUGUCGCAAACAUUUCAGAUGAAAAUACUGUAACAAGUGUGGAAAAAUCAUCUGAUGUGGCAGCGAAAUCAACAAAAAAGGGCACCAAGAAGGCACCGACCCCUUCUCCCACAGAGGCUCCUAAAACUGGCAAGAAGGGAGGAAAGAAAGCUCCGGAGCCAGAAUCAGACUCCGAGUCAGAAUCAGAAUCAGACGAAGAUGAGGACGAAGAAGAAGAGGAAGACGAUUAG